AUGUCAGACAGUAUACUAUCUGAGUUAUAUCAGGUUGUCUCAGAAUACUUUCAUUAUCCUAAUGAAAAGUCACGGGACUACAAAAGGAACCGAUCAGAGACAACAAGAAAAUAUGGAAUUAUAACUUCAGUGUUGUUGAUCAUCAUCAUAGCAUCAAUCCCAAUAUACAAAUACCUCAUCAUAAGUGGAUAUAAAUUCACUAGGAGGUAUCAAAUAUUGAAACCCUUGAGUCUGAAGCUUAAUCAUUAUAUUCAUCAUGAACAUCAACCCAAUUGUUCUGAAGCUACUUGGAAACAACGAUUUCAAACUAGAGCAGCAAAUGCUCUUAAACAUGCAAUUUUCAAACUAUUACAACGGGCACCAACAAUUUUCCAGAUAGUCUUUUGGACUGCAUUCUUGUCAAUCUUGUCUCUACUUGAAAUCAACCAUGGAGACUUGAUAUACUUGGCCAAGCGAUUAGGGAGAGUAUCGGCAAACUGUCUUCCAGCAUUGUUGUUCUUAACUUUGAGACCAUCACCUUUGCCAAAUACACUUUAUUUGACAUUAUUACCCAUCCACAAGUGGUUAUCUAGAUUGAUCAUAGUACAAGCAGUUAUUCAUACUGCGAUCUACUGUGGAUACUAUGCAACAAGGAAAGGUUGGAAAAAGGCAUUAAAGACCGAGAAUUUGUACGGGUGGGCAGCACUCUUGGGGUUUUUAAUCAUAAUAGUUACGUCAAUUCUGAGAGUUCGUACAAACUGGUUCAAGUUUUUCUAUUUUAAUCAUUACGUCUGUGCAUGGAUUAUUGUUAUUUGUUUGCAAUUUCACGUGAGACCAGUUAAGUUCACGAUAUACACUGCAAUAAACAUUUUAAUAUUAGCCUAUCAGAUAUACUAUAGGUUGCAUUUGACAAAAACGACACCUUAUCUAACUGAUGUUAGACGGAUAGAUGUUUCUCCUAAUUUGUCACUUAUUGAGUUUCCUAAUAGUUUAAUUGCUAAUCCUGCCCAGAAACCAGGAUCACAUAUUCGAUUGACAAAUUAUAGUCCAAACUUUAUAAUUAGAAUCUACAAGCAACUUAUUCCAAACUACCAUCCAUAUACAGUGGUUUCAUUGCCUCAUGAUAACUUUCAAAGGCUAAUAAUUAGAAAAAGUACUUUUGAAUUUAGAAACAAUCAAAAAUAUUUAAUUUCAGGGAGUUAUGAUCCGCAUUUACUUUUUAUUGGAUCCAGAAAUUCACCAAAUGAGAAAUUCAGUAUAUCAAAGCUAACAGUCAACGCUAAACGUAUUUUGGUUGUUAUUGGAGGAUCAGCUAUUUCAUUCGCAUUACCAAUAUUAAGAGUUAUGAAUUAUCAUGGUAUUCCCAUAAAGAUUCUUUGGGUUAUUAAAGAUUUCCGUGAUGUCAUUAUUUUGAAAUAUUUUGAAGGAUUCAUUCAUGGUGAUGAUUUUGAAAUAUUUAUCACUGGGGAUGAUAUGAUAGAAGAAGAGAGAAAGUUGAAAAAUAAACAGAGUGUACAAUCAAGCUUCCUAAAAAGAGCUAGCAUUCACUCGUUACCAAAGGAUCUGGACUUGGAGAAUAAUUUGUCAGAAUUAACCCCAUUACUUGAAGAUGUUAUUUCUGAUGAAAGUGAAACGAAUAGUUUGAGUUCAGAAAACCGAGUUGAGAAUGUGGAUCUUGGAGUAGAUGAUACAGAAGAAGAUCUGGAUUUGGAUGCAGAUUGUACAAUUCAUACUUUGUUCCGCCCAAGUUUGAGUGCAUCGCCAUCAUUUUAUGAUGAAGAUGAAGAAGAUGAAGAAGAAGAAGAAGAAGAAAUAGAGCCUGUGGAAUUCGAUGGCAACCAUCUUGGUAUUGGUCCUGAACUACAAGAAGUCAUAUCGAGAAAAUCAAGUAUUAACGAACCAUUUGUGCCAUAUUUCUCACAAUCUUUCUCAAAUCAAUCUAAAUCGUGGGUACAACAGUAUAGGGAUACAGUCAAACUUCUUAACAUAGAACACAAGAUCUACAAAGGAAGACCAAAAUUGAAUCAAAAAUAUUACAGAUGGUGUAUCAAUGAAGGGUUUACUCAAUGUACUGGGCCUGUCGAAGAUCAAGAUCAUAAUUUAGUUUGCUGCCGUGAUUUACCAAUCAAUAAAGUUGUUCAAGAAGAUAUAAAUGCCGAGAAAAUAUGGGUUAUAUCUGCUGGUCCUCGAGGGUUGGUUGACAAUGUUAAAUUAUGGGCCAGUGAGUAUGGUUUAAAAUUCCACGAGGAAGCAUUUUAUUCGUAA